UUGACACCAAUAAUCCGUUCAAGAGUCUAUUUUCAUAUCACAAGCAGUAAUGAACUCACUUCACAAAUUCUGCCCAACCACCAAAAUAAAAAUGGCAGCAGCUGCAGCAACGCCUCUUGCACCUUCCUUCAACCUCUACUCCCGCAAACACUUGAUCAAACACAAAACUUCAAGAUUGAAGCUCAAGCUCAGCAGUAAUCUAAACCGGCAGCCUCUUUCGCGCUUGCCCACUUCGGUUCCUCAGCCAAUAUCUGUCAAAGGAUCAAGAGCUCUAGCUGCAUCAAGAAUCCUCACAGGGGCCUAUGUUUCGGGCCCGGCUUUCGAUGCAAUUGUGUCAGAGGUUGACCCCAAAAUCGACGGCGCCGAGGUUGUGGAGCUGCAGCCGCUUGAUGUGAUUAGCGGGGGGCUGCUGUGGAAACUUGUCUCGCGGCAUAAAUGGAGAGUCUUGGCGUCGGUUCUCACUCUUUCCGGCUGCACGACUUGUACCCUGGCCAUGCCCUUGUUCUCUGGGAAAUUUUUCGAAGUACUGAUUGGGGCGAGACCAGAUCCUAUCUGGCAACUGCUGAGUAAAGUGGGAUUACUGUAUACAUUGGAACCAAUUUUCACAAUUAUUUUUGUGGUAAACAUGAAUGGCAUAUGGGAGAAAGUUAUGUCGAGCUUAAGAGCUCAAAUUUUUCAGAGGGUGUUGAUUCAGAAGGUGGAGUUUUUUGACAAGUACAAGGUUGGCGAACUAACUUCUUUAUUAACAUCGGAUUUGGGUUCUCUGAAGACCAUUGUUAGUGACAACGUAUCUAGAGACCGUGGUUUCAGGGCAAUUUCUGAGGUCAUUGGGACACUUUGUGUACUUUUUACUCUUUCACCCCAGCUGGCGCCAGUUUUGGGCCUCCUUAUGCUAACCGUGUCUGCAGUAGUCGCUGCAUAUAAAAGAACAACUGUCAGCGUCUUUAAAUCUCAUGGAUCUGUACAAGCCACCAUAGCUGAUUGUGUUACUGAAACUUUUGCUGCUAUACGUACCGUUAGAUCAUUCGGGGGUGAAAAACGUCAAAUAUCCGUUUUUAGUCGACAGAUUCUUGACUACGAGAGAAGUGGCAUGACCCUCGGAGUAUUUAAGUCUAUAAAUGAAUCCAUCACCAGGGUUGCUGUCUAUGUCUCUUUAAUGGCUUUGUAUUGUCUUGGAGGAAGCAAAGUAAAAGCUGGCAAACUCGCGGUUGGGACCAUGGUUUCUUUUAUUGGGUACACAUUUACGUUAACAUUUGCUGUUCAAGGUGUGGUGAACACGUUUGGGGAUCUUCGAGGAGCCUUCGCUGCUGUUGAACGGAUAAACUCUGUCCUUUCUGGUGCUGAAAUUGAUGAAGCACUAGCUUAUGCUCUAGAGAAAGACUUGAAUCGAAGGAAAUCACAUGAUCCAAACCUCGAACCUCUCUUGGCCGAUUCCAACGGAAAGAUGCAAACCAGCCGGGUGAGGUACAUGUCGUCACUAAAAUCUGGUAGUGAUGUCCGCCAGCUUGCAGAGUCGGGUGAUAUUCACCUCGAAGAUGUUCAUUUCUCAUACCCUCUUAGGCCCGACGUGGAAAUCUUACAAGGUCUUGAUCUGACUUUAAAAUGUGGAACGGUCACUGCUCUGGUUGGUUCUAGUGGUGCUGGGAAAAGUACAGUCGUACAGCUUUUAGCUCGCUAUUAUGAGCCAACAAGAGGGCGCAUAACUGUUGCUGGAGAGGAUCUACGGUCAUUUGAUAAGAGUGAAUGGGCUCGUGCGGUUUCCAUAGUGAACCAAGAACCUGUUCUAUUCUCUGUGUCUGUUGGAGAAAAUAUUGCUUAUGGGCUCCCGGAUGAUAAUGUUUCCAAGGACGACGUGAUUAAAGCUGCUAAAGCAGCUAAUGCUCACGAGUUUAUAAUCUCGUUGCCACAGGGUUACGACACAUUGGUUGGCGAGCGCGGAGGGCUGUUAAGUGGAGGACAGAGGCAGAGAAUUGCCAUUGCAAGGGCUCUGCUCAAGAAUGCUCCAAUCUUGAUUCUUGAUGAGGCCACGAGUGCUUUGGAUACUGUUAGCGAACGUCUGGUUCAGGAUGCUUUGAAUCGUCUAAUGAAGGGGAGGACAACUUUAGUGAUAGCUCACAGGCUCAGCACGGUUCAGAAUGCUGACCAAAUCGCUCUGUGCUCCGAUGGGAAGGUCUCAGAACUGGGGACACACUCGGAGUUGAUAGGACAGAAGGGUCUAUAUGCAUCCCUCGUUGGCUCCCAAAGACUUGCAUUCGAGUGACUGACAAUCAAAUCGUUUGACAGCAUUCAAAUGGAUUGCGUACGAAGAAAGCACACAACGUUGUAAACGGUUAUUUCAUAGUCUUGUCCACAUAUAUACACCUACAACAUUUCAAUUUUUUGGUGGCUAUACAGUUUAACAGAAAUGAGAUUUAGACA